AUGUUGGACUUUCAAAACUAUAGAAACCAAACUGGAUUUAUUACUGGUACCAGUUAUGUACCAACCAAGGUGAAUAACAACUUGUUUGUUGCAGGUGGAUCAUCCGGUGCUUCAAACAAGAUGGUGAGACCCGUAGUGUGUCCUUGCAAGUCAUCAUCGGGGGUGGAAGUUGGAAAGCUGUUGGAUAUGGCUCUCUUGAAACGACAAAACCUAAUGAUGAACAAGCAAACCACCAUAACAUCUGCAACAACAACUUCGACUCAAUUCUAA